CACGGUCACGUCAUGUACGGUCAUGUAACAGCGUACAGUCACUGGCGUACACUCAAGGUUAUGGUGAUGUUAAGCAUCACAUGCUAGCGAUACAAUGGGCUCUUACAUCUGACAGGUAUAGGUUGGUCCGUCGACGUCUGACAGGAUGCACAUCUCUGACUUUGUGUCUGGAUCAUUUGCAGGGGCAUGUGGAGUUGUAGUGGGCUAUCCUCUGGAUACUGUCAAGGUCCGGAUCCAAACCCAGACACAGUUCACUGGGUUAUGGCAGUGUGCAGCGGCAACCUUAUCCAAAGAAGGGGUGCAUGGCUUCUUCAAAGGAAUGUCCUUACCCCUCACCACGAUCUCUAUGACUUCCUCUGUGGUGUUUGGCACAUACAGGAACUGCCUGCAGUGUCUGAGCCAGGCGCGAGGAGCUCCUUGUGGUCCCAACACCAAACUAGAAGUCUUUCUGUCUGGCUUGGUGGCAGGUACAGCUCAGACGUCAGUGAUGUCUCCGGGUGAUAUGGUGAAAGUACGUCUGCAGUGUCAGACAGAGUCCAAGCGAGGAGACGCCAACAUGCGCAAACCCAAGUACCGGGGUCCAGUUCACUGUCUGCUGAGCAUUAUCAAAGACGAGGGCUUCAUGGGGCUCUACAGAGGAGCGGUCCCCCUAAUGCUGAGAGACGGGCCGUCACACGCCACAUACUUCCUGACUUACACAGUCAUCUGCGAAUUGCUGACGGACAGCGGAAAGAAAAGACCAGCUUGGAGCGGCGUGAUGCUGGCCGGUGGAAUAGCAGGAAUUGCAGCUUGGACUGUAGGAACACCCAUGGACUUGAUCAAAGCCCGUCUGCAGAUGGACGGAGCGCAGCAGACGAAGCGAUACAAGGGUUUCUUUCACUGCAUCUCGGAGACAGCGAGGGUGGAGGGAGUGGGGGUGUUCUUCAAGAGCUGGGGCAUCAACUGCCUGCGUGCGGUCCCCGUCAGCAUGGUGGUGUUUGUUACGUACGAGCUUGUCAACGGUUUCCUCCGGGCCGACAGUGUCGACCCUCCUCGUCUAGGGUUCGAAUAGAAUCAACUAACUCCCUUCUAAAUCUCUCAUAUCAGUUUGCCGGUUUAUGACUAAUGCUGGUGUUUUACAUACAUGAUGGCAAAGACAUUUGCCAUUU